AUGGAGAUGUCUGACGAUGUGUUCGCCAGUCCUGACACUACGAGGAGCCGUCGGGUGAAUUAUCCGCAGUCGGAGGAGACGUGUGAUGAUUUGUAUGCUUGUUCAGACAUCCUCACAGACCUGGGAUCACCAGACUGUGGGCCAGAGAAUCAGGGUUCAACUCCCUCUGAGUCCGGAGGGGUAAAGCAAGGUGUGAGGCGCAGCACCCUGGCUGUGGUGGGACAGGGUCUACUGAGUGUCCUCCUACUGACAACUCUCAUCAGACUACGCUCCUACAACUACUACAAGGACAUCAGCCAGAGAGAAAACCAGAUGAUACAGUCUGUGUCUCUCUUCAAGACCAACUACACUGAUGAGAGAGUUACAGAGAGAGAGAGAAACCAGUUACAGGGAGAGAGAGACCAGUUACACAGAGAGAGACACCAGUUACAUAGAGAGAGACCAGUUACACAGAGAGAGAGACCAGUUACACAGAGAGAGAGACCAGUUACACAGAGAGAGACCAGUUACACAGAGAGAGAGACCAGUUACAUGGAGAGAGAGACCAGUUACACAGAGAGAGAGACCAGUUACAGAGAGAGAAAGACCAGUUACAGACAGAGAAAGACCAGUUACACAGAGAGAUAG